AUGUCGCGGUGCUUUCCAUUUCCGCCGCCAGGAUAUGAAGGGAAAUCUAGAACAGAUGAUGUGGAUUUGCUAAAAAAGGAAAGGCGCAGAGAAAAAAAACGUAAAAAAGAGGAAAAGGAAAAGGAGAAGAAGGAAAGAAAGGAAAAUGGAGAGAAAGAAGGAAGAGAUGGAAAACAUAAGGAUAAAAAAGACAAAAAAGAAAAAAAGAAAAAAAGGGAUAAAGACAAGGACAAGGACAACGGUAAAGAUAAAAGUAAAAUCAGUGAUCCAGACGGAAAAGGAUUUCCAACUCCAGCUCAAGGUCUUAAUGAUGGUAAUCUACAUCAAAAGGAAAUCAAACAAAAUGACAAGGCUUUCUUGUUUGAUGAUAGACUUACCAAACAGUAUGCCAGUUACAACGGAGAGACGUCCAGAGAGAAUAAUCAUCAGGUUGACGAGAAUAGGGACUCUAAAUUCUGCAUGGAGUUGGACAGGAGAAUUAGGGACAUUGAUGGAGGAGCUGGGAAUCCAUUGGCUCAAAAGUUUUCAACUGCAGACUGUGGAAAGGAAGAGGAGACUGUUAUGCUGGUUGCUAAGAGUGUUGGCGCUGGCAGUAGCACCUGGCCUGAUGGAAAGGAGAAGUUCCAGGACAGGGGUGCCAAUGCUAAAAAGAUUGUUGGGAGAGGAAUUCAGGCUGAGACCCGAUCAAUUGGAAAUGCAACAGUUCAGAAUCACGUUGAUGGUAAAAAGAUUGGCACCUGGCCUGAUGGUAAGGAGAAGUUCCAGGAUAAGGGUGUCGAUACUAAAAAGAUUGAUGGGAGAGGCAUCUGGACUGAGGCCCGACCAAUUGGGAAUGCAACAGUUCAGAAUCAUGCUGGAAACUGUCUUCCUAGGGUUGAUGAAAAGCCCAGACCUUUGGAGAAUAAUUUUGACAAAAUUUUGGAAGGAACGGAACGGGCUAAGGAAAAAAAAGAUGAUAAACGAGGAGAUAAAAGGAAAGAUGAUAAAAAGGGUGAUAAAAGGAAAGAAAAAGAUAAGGAGAAGAAAGGGCACGGGAAGGACAAAGACAGGGAUAAAGAGAAAAAAAAGGAGGAGAAAGCGAAGCAGAAGAUUGAAUAUAGAAAUGGAGAGCAGAAUAAAUUAAAAGACAGCAAUAAAGCCAGUCCCGGGGGCCCAAAUUCUUCCACACAAGUAUCCAAGAACUACCAUGAGAAUUCUAUCUUUGAGGAAAAUCUCAAGAAACGGAAGGAAAUUGAUUCAAAUGGAGUUCUACAUGCCAAUGACACUAGGCCCAUUAAGUUGCCAAGACCCUCUUCCUCUCAUCCUUUCUCUGAAACUGGGAGGACAUUGGAACCUUGCCAAAUUUCCCUUCAAAGUGCUUCAGAUGGGCCAAGAGGCCCCAUUAUUGGUAAACUAGAAAACAAGGAACGGAAGAAAAAUGGAAUCAUUGAAGCUCCAACAUCUGUGGUUUCCCCAAACAAGAUUCCCACUGCCAUUGUGCCAGCUGAUCCCGCCUCUAAAGUACCAACACCUGUGGUUUCCCCAAACAAGAUUCCCACUGCUAGUGUGCUAGCUGAUCCUGCCACUAAAGUAUCAACAUCUGUGGUUUUCCCAAACAAGGUUCCCACUGUUACUGUGCCAGCUGAUCCCGUGACUAAAGUAUCAACCAAACCACCCCAUCCAGAUAUCAAGUACAUAAGUCAGGUAUGGGCAGAAACUGUGCAUAUAGAGCAUGCAGAUGUUUUUGCUCUACCAUAUGUGAUUCCAUAUUGA